ACCAAAAACUUCCAGGAAGAAAUAAUAUUAUUAUCCAAGUCAGUCGUCUCGACAUUCAGUCUUUUGCAAUCGUUAGUGUUUAGCAGUUGAACAAUUGAAAUCGGGAAAUUGUGGAGAGUUUGUAACCCUUGUAUUUGUAACCUUCAGAAUUUUUAACGACUCUUAGACGCGUGACGUAACCUGAUUAAACCGCUUUUUGAUUUUCAUUUCAUAAUCAACUGAAUAAACAUUCCAUAAUCGUACGCAGGAUGUUUUCUGAAAAUAAUCUCGGCAAAGAUUAUUCUAGCAUAUCUGAACACGAACUAGAAUUGCAUGUUUGUAACAACGAGAGAGAUAUUGACGAAAGUUUGCGAAACAUGGUCAAAGUAUUUAUUCAUCUCAACUAUAUAUAUAUGACGUUUAAUCCACUUGUGAACAUAAGUAGAAUUGAAAAGUUCCAAGAUUUAUGUAACGAAGAUAUUGUAGGCAGACAUUUUCCAAUCAUUAACGUCAUAAAACAAUUUUAUUUCCUUUCUCACAUGCAACAUGCAAUUGCAGAUACUUUGGAGACAUAUUCAAAUUUUAGAAAGUACAGCCUGCCGAUUUUUAUUUUUCUGGGUCUUUUAGGAAACUGUUUGUCCGCCAUUGUGCUCUUCCGUAAAAAGAUGCGUUUUUUCUCGUCCAACAUUUACUUGGGUGUAUUAGCAAUAAGCGACAUCGCCUUCUCAAUAAUAUUACUCAUUGACUGGCUCAUCUUAAUGGAUAUAAAACCAAAAGAAAAGUAUUUGUACUGGUUAAAGUUCUUUAUGGAUUUUUGGAGCUUUUUUUCCGAGUUCUUGAGUGUGUGGCUUGUAGUAGCCUUUACCAUCGAGCGAUAUAUAGUGACGAAGUAUCCGCUUUUACGUCGAUCUUGGUGCACUUUCAAACGAGCAAAAAUCGUAGUGAUAACGCUGAUGGGACUAGCAAUUUUACGUAGUAUUCUACAAAUUUUUUUUAUUUUUGGGACCAUGCAUAAUAGAGAUGCAAUGUAUUUUAAACAAGAUAUAAAUAUCUAUGAUGUAUACAAACAUGUAAAUUUGGACAUUCAGAAAGGAGCUGGUCAGACAAGAAAGAUAAUGGAUUCUAUUAUAAUAUUUACUUUACCUGCUCUCGUAAUAGUAAUCUGCAAUACUCUGAUAGGACACCACAUUUACCAGCAAAAUCGUAUUCGCAAAAUGUUGAUUACAGCGUCCAAUUCUUCUAAUAAGAAAACUCAGAUUUCUAAUGACAAAAUGCUUCAGCAUAAGAUCACAAGAAUGCUUAUUCUCGUUUCGAGCAUAUUUAUAAUCUUGAAAUUACCUACACAUUACUUUUUCUACAUUUCUCGUUACAUAAUAUAUGGCAAUAUGGUAGUUAUGGCCACACUAUUUGACUUAUUAGACACAGCACAUUACAGUAUAAAUUUUGUUCUCUACUGCGCAACUGGACAAACUUUUCGCAAAGAACUAAUCCACAUGUUUACAAAACGUAAAAAUGUAAGGAAAAACAAAAAUGAAGAAAAUGUAUAAUUAUAAGUAACUAUGUUUGAUGGUCAAUUAUGCAGUCAUAAUAAGCUUGCAAGUUUACGUCCAAUCGCACUUCAAACAAAACAAUGUGUUUGUUAACAACGCACAAAUGAUUGUUUCUUAAAAGAAGCUAACACUCCUGAUUGAUACACGAUAAAUUAUAUUAUACAUUAUAACUUCAUAUAAAUAUAGUUAACUGCAAAUAGCUAAAUAAGAUAGUUAAAUAAAUUAUUGUAUUAAAAGCGUUAAAAGUCAUAAAUAAAUUUAAAAAUAUUUGAUACACAUAUAUGUAGGUAGUAUGUAUAAUACAAUGUUUCAGCGCACCAUAAAGAAAAGGACAGUUUUAUCAAUUCUCUUAAUGAAUGUGAGCUUUACUUGGAAGAUGAGCUAUAACUUAGAAAAAGUGUUGAUUUACUAUUAAAUAGGUGAACUGUCGCAUCGUAGAUUGUAAUGCCAAUUCAUUUUGUCAUAAUCAAUGUUGCGUAAAUUACACGUUUAUUCAUUACAAGAAUAUUUUUUAAUGAAGAAAAAGAACAUUCUAAAAAUGUGUUAUGUUUUAU